UUCUGCAACUUUCCAUGCCUGGCAAGUCCGGCUGCCCCUGGGGGCUGCGGGGUGGGGUCUGCCUGGCUUUGCUCACGGUGAAUUAUGUCGUCAUGCUUCAGGAAGCCGAACCCCUUCCCCACAGAAAGGCGGGAGACGCCCUCUGGGCUCGGGGCAGACACGUGACCGGAGCCGCCUCUCUCUGCCCAUCCCGAAUCCCUCGUCGAUCCUUUGGGUUCGUGGGCAGCAGAGAGAGUCCAGCAUCCACGGAGGCUGCUUUGUGCCGCGCAUGUGUUUCCGUCCUUCACUCUCCACACCCGGCAGAGAGGUGGCAUCGCCCCGUUUACAGCAGAAACCUGGGCUCGGUGAUCUCAGCCGUAAAGGAAGUCCAAGUGCAGUCCCUGAUGACAACACAUCGUCCUGUCUGUCCAGAAUGGCGGCCUGAUGGCCCCACCCCCCACCGCAGCCGGAGCGUGGGUCCGACAGCUGCUGCUCCCGCAUCCAGAGCGGCCCGGCCUGUCAUCCAGCAGGCACAUUCCUUGCCGUCCACAUCCAUCCCCGGCUCGGAGCAGGGCAUCUGCCGUAAGCUGCGGGCUCCUCACCAGCUUCUGCAGUCUCUCCUGGCCUUUCUGCCGCUUUCCUGUGGCGUCCCUGGCAGGCGGUUUCACCUGCUACCGCCCAGGCGGCCUCCGUCCGGUGCCAGCCGGCCGCUGCGCCGCCUCGUCGUACCUGCGUGUUCAUAGAAGUUUCUAAUUUCAACAUUAACCCGUAAUGCUGCGCUUUGGCUGGCUCU